GUGCAGUUAACUUUGCGUAGGAAUAUGGAUACUGCCAAACAAGUCACAGAAUCAGGAAAUCUGAAUGAAUUCUCAAUGGUCUUGCUAAAUAACACUCUAUCACUUCCCUUAGGCAUUGUGCUUGUCAUUUUGUUCAAUGAGGUGGACUAUCUCUUUAGCACGCCAAUCUUACAUUUGCCUAUGUUUUGGCUGGUGAUAACCUUAAGUGGACUUUUGGGCUUGGCAAUUAGCAUUACAUCAAUGUGGUUUCUUCACCAAACAGGUGCUACCACUUACAGCUUAGUGGGAUCACUAAACAAGAUGCCUUUAUCUGUGGCCGGAAUCCUUCUUUUCAACGUGCCCACGAGCCAGGAGAAUUCCGCUAGUAUUUUCUUCGGUCUACUGGCUGGAAUAUUCUUUGCCCGUGCAAAGAUGCCGGAACAAUCAUCUCAUGCUUGAAGUUAGCUUGUAUACUUAGCAUGUACAUACUCUAAAUCAUGAUGUUCGAAAAGGUGAUGCCCCAUAAUGAACACACUAUUAUAAUUGCUCACAAAGGUGAUGUCCGAAAAAACAAAAAUAGCAGUAAAGAGAAACAAGUGUAGAAAGAAAGAAAGUUUGAAGUCCUAUGCUCUUUAGAUUUUUAGUUUUCCUUAGUAGAUAUUUACAGACCUGUUUGGAGCUUAACAUUUCACUUUUGUGUGCCUACUUUGUUGUAAUGUUCAGGAACUGUAGGGAGGAAUUUGACUGUACUUUGUCCUGAAU